AUGAAAUGGGAAAGAGGUGAUAUUUCUUUUAUUUUUCAAGGGGAAAAGCCACAAAGUGAGGCGUUAACUGUUUUAGACAAUAAAGCUAAAGUAUAUCAGAGAGUGCGUUAUGAAGAAACUGAAAAUGAAAUUGAGGAUAAAGUAGACAUUUUGAUGUCAAGUGAUAUUCUUGCUGCACAGAUGUCUACUAAAGAUGAUUUGCAGAAAAAUAAAGCAAUUAUAGAAAGUUUAACAAAAGAUAAUACACAGAACUUGGACACAAAUGGAGAGCCAGCUCGCCAUGCAUCAUUGAACCCUCCACCUGAAAGUGGAGUACACUAG